AGUUUGUUCUACUCGCGACGGUUGCAAACGCGCAUCCAAUCAGCAAACGCCUUUGAGCCAUGUCAUACGGUGGCAACAUUGAAAAUAGUUCAUUAUCAUGGCGGAUAACACGUGUAUAGAAUCCAGGUUGAUCGAACUUAUCCAGUCUUACGAAUGUCUGUGGGACUUUAAUUCUUCAUUUUAUCGAAGAAAAGAUAAAAGAGCGCAGGCAUGGCGUGAGAUAAGUGAAAGUCUCGGCGUUGAUUCUAAAGAACUAACUAAAAAAUUUCACCAUCUUCGAACGACGUUUUUGAGAAUUAAAAAAAAUGUAGACGACAGCAGACGAAGUGGAUGUGGUGAACACGAGGUAUAUAAACCAACGUGGGAGCAUUGGUCGUCUCUGAGUUUUCUUUUAAAUUCGUACAAGAAAAUGAUAUCACCGCUGUCGUCAUACGAUUUAAAUCAAACACAACAAUCCACUUCUGGCUGCAUAUCUGAUGAGGCAGAAGAAACAAAUAUAGUAGAUGUACAUUAUGAUAAUGAAAUGUUUAAUGAAAGUAUUUCAUUGUCACCAUGUACAUUUGAUGCACAGCCACCAAAAAAGAAAAAGAAGAUGGGAGGAAAGGAGAAAGAAAAUUUUUAUGAAUGUGCAAUGAAUGCUCUCUGUAAUGAACCAAGGAAGGAUGUGUUUGAUGAAUUUGGCAGUAUUAUAACUACCAAACUACGAACACUUCCUCAGAAAAAUGCCUUAGAUUUUUGUAUUUCUUAA